ACUUGCCGACGGCAGCUGGGCCAAGAAGCAGGCGUGUGUAACGUCCAUCCAAACACCUAUUCCGAAGCUCGAGAACAACUCUGAGCAGAGAGGAGCGCGUCUGCAUCCCUACUGUGAGAUUCCUCGGCAAGGACCAGGGAGAAAGGUCUCGUGCCUGGGUAGCGCCUGCACGGAGCUGCAACCAGGCAGCCACUGCUCGGCCCCACCAGUAGGAGAGCCUUGGCCGAUAGCGGGCGGCAGCGAUUGCGACUGCAGCGCCCCAGGCGGCCGGUGCAGGAAACGGCGGCUUGCAGUAGCGGCAACGACGUGCACCUCAUUCGACGCAUAGCAGCCGCCUACAGCAGCCACUUGUUGCAGCCAAUUGGGGAGACCUGCGCCAGGCCAACGCAGAUUCCAGGGCGUACGAAGAGCUGCGAGCACAGCCGCUGUCCGUGCUCCUGCAACUGUAGUUGAGGACACACAUCGCCUAUGCUGGGAUCCAGAUCGGACGCGGUCCCUUCAAACAAGGAGGAGGACUUGGACGAGCUGUUGUUGUUGUUCCGCGAGACGGCGGGCAGCGAGUGGCCCUCGGAGGCCCGCGACUUUGGAGCGGACGACACGGGAGUUCUGGCCUACCGCAGCAGGUGGCGGGCGCCCCGGUGCGACAAGGACGCCGAAGACGCGUCGACGUACGAGCCAGAUUCCACCACAGACGACGGGGAAGGCAGCGGAACGUCUCCGCUCAACAUCAGCGCCAGUGAGUCUGUGUUCAGCAAUCAACUUCGCGCCACCGUCUCCAUACUAAACGGUCGACCUCAACAGGACACCGAGAUGUCAGCUGCAUGGACUUCUUGUCCUCCAGUGGCCGGGAGCUCUGCACCCAGUACACGAAAUUCGACGUAUGCUACCCCUUUUCCUAGUACAGAAAAUGCCAGUUGCCCACUGCAGAUGCUGGAUGAUCUAAACAGAGCACACUCUUCCCGCAACGGCUCUGACUUCGACAUUCCCAUCGCUGGAAGCAGCACCCAAACAUCGUCCAUAUCCGUAUGCUACAUGCCACCUUCCCUGAUUGCCAAUACAGUUAGUGGUGGAGGUGAAUUUUUCGAAAAUGAUCAGCCAACUGAUUUAUCACUGCCAAAAAUAGUGCCGAGAGAUGUGGAACCUGUACAUGCAACAGCAAAAGAUUCCAAUGACGACCAUCCAGCAGAUUUUCCGACAUCCAAAAAACUGCCAAAUGUUUCUAAUAAGUUAAAGGACGAAGUCCAUGGCAAUCAGCGACCUCCUACACCGUGUCCUGCUCCUAACAUGAGGGAGAACCACCAACAUCAGCAAACACUACCACCAGGACAUCCUUCAUUUGUAGUAAUGGGUCCGCCAAACGUUUCAUAUCAAUAUCACGAAUCCAGUGCAGUGAUGGUUGGAGAAGAUGGAAGUUUUAUGGUUUUGCACAGCAUAGUAGUCCCUCCACCUGUUACCCCACUGGUAUUCCCCGUAUGGCAACCUGAAAUGUGUGAGAGAAGUUCUAACGUCCUGAAUGAGGAGAUUGUGGUAUAUGAGUUCAGUGAUGUGUCUGAUGAAGAUGAGCUCGAACAGAACCACCGACCAAAAAUCAUCGAGAUACAAGAUGGGCAAGCUGUGCAAAGCGAACUAUUGGCAAUAGAGUACCAUGCUGUGAAAAAUGAACCAUUGGAAGAAGAUGGCGAGGCUCUGCGAAAUGAACUAUUGGCAAUAGAUUACCAGCCUCUGAACAAUGAACCACUUCAAGAAGAUGGUGAAGCUGUGCAAAACGAACUACUGGCAAUAGAUUACCAAGCUGUGCAAAAUGAACCAGUGGGAAAAAGUUCAGAAAACAGUGAUGCAGAAUGUGCUGCUGCAGGAAAAGAAAUUAUGCAUGAUGAGAAUAAUGAUGAAAAAGAUGGUGCAGAAAACAGACAUUCACAAAAUGGGGACCAGUUGCAGGAGCAGAAAGAAGUAAACCAGUCAUGUACUGACCAACCACAGUCUGGGCCAUCGGGAGUUGUGCUCAUUAAGGGUUUGCAAUUGUCAUCAUCACCCACAGAGGCAGCAGCAUCAUUUAAACACCUGGGCAUACCAUCUGAACAAAUAAUUUUGCCAGUUGCACAGUCACAACUACGGCUGACGUCUCCACCUGGGGAAUCGUCUUCACCAACAGUAAAAUCAACUUCAUCCACUAUCAAUAAACCUCCAGAACAAUCGCAGCCUCUAAAUGAGCUGCAACACACUGAGCAGCCACAAGUGGCACGAUCAUCUUUACAGGCUACCUCGCCAUCUAUACAGAUUCCUAUUUUGUCCAAUGAUCUGUAUAACUCACCUGAAGCAAAUCGACCAUUACUUUUGCAACCAGUUCCAGCUUAUGUACAGCAAAACGCAUCACCUCCACACUUGUUACAAAAACAGUCUAACCCUCUACACCCGCCAUUAUGUGGGUCUCCAGGACCUGAUGGACUGAUGGUACAGAUAUCACCACCAGCUGUGCAAGCAAGCACAUCAUCAGGAAGAUCAGAUUUGUCAUCUGCUCGAAAGUCGUCAAUCAAGACAAAUCCAUCAUGUACUUCCGUAUCGAAGGACCAUGCAGUCAAGAAUGUGAACUCUCUGACAUUGUCUGGCAAGCUUAUGCCCAUACAGCUUGCACUGGCUCACUCACCACUGGUACAGCCGGCAGCAUCACCAAUGACAAAUGAGUUGCCACUAGAUCAAGCUGAGCACCAGCCAGUACCAUCUGUUUCCAUCACUACAGUGUGUGAUAAAUCACUAGAGCCAUCUAUGCAACUGCUUGUUUCGCCAGUUCCAUCCCCAACGCAGAAAAAAAGGGAUCAAGUCUCUGAUGACGGUACAUCAGCUACACAGCUGUCAUCAGCUUCAACAUUGAGCCCAACUAAUCCAUCUUCACAAGCAAAUUCCUCACAGCCUCCCACUGCUAGUCCACCUGCUGGGAGGCAUCAGGUCCAGUCUCCAGCUAAGGCGGUGGGGCAAGACUCUCCUCUGCAGUUACCGGAAUUUUCAUCACCAGAGCAUCAGGUCCAAUCACCACCUACGGCUGUGGGGCAAGACUCUCCGCUGCAGUUACCUGAAUUUUCAAUAUCAUUACUGUAUCCUCGCUCACCUAAACUGAGUGGAGUAGCGACAAAAUCUAAAGCGAUUGCAAAGAGAAGCAGAGAGCCAUGGGACCAUAAAGGUCUAUUCAGUUUUGUUGUUUCCUUUGCUUUUAGCUUGCCACGCCACAUUUGGACUCAGCGGAGAGAAGGUGAGCCUAGACGAAGUGUUCGGAUUGCUGAAAAGCUGAAGGCCAAAAGAUAUUUCCUGCGCCCAAGAUUCCCUGCUAAGAGAGGAACUGGUGAAUGAAGUGUCUGAUAGCAUACUAAAAUAUACAUGAAGUGUGUGUGCAUUUCUGUUGCUCAUGCUAAAGUGAACAGUUGUUAUUCCUAAGAGAUGUCACAUGAGGUUUCUGUCAUUGCAAAACAAUUAUUGUAUGUGUGACUUGUGUUGUGAGUUUGUCUUAUAUUAAGUUUACAGUGCUUCACCUGUGUUGUGCUGCACGCAAUACUCUUGACCUGCCCCAUUUGUGUAUGUGUGCAUGGGAAGAAAACGUAAUGAAUCGAUUCAGGGGUGUGCGUAAAUAAUAUUAUUGACAUGACACUUUCUGUGAAAAAUUUAAUCUUUUAUUUUGUGAUAACACAUUGGUUGUGACUUUCUUUCAUAUUUGGAACUAAUAUUAUUAAUAAAGAAAAUAGACUGAGCAUACUGUUGUAAUAUAACUUAAAUAUAUUUGACAAUCAAUAAAAUAUAAGUUAUAAUUUUUUACUUAGCAUAAAAUUCUCAUACGUUAUUGAUUUCCAUUUUCAGUAUUGGUAUGAUUGAGCUUAUACAUUAGGCUUUAUUUGGAAAUCAUGGCUAUGAGUGAAUUACAGGUACAUAUGUCACCUGCUUUAUUCAUUCAGCUUAUUAGUGGAUCAGAGAUACUGGUCUCCAUGCCACAUUUGGUAAUGCUCCUGUGUGUGGUGCUGUUUAGUGUGGAGCUAUCUGGUUUGAAUCCUGGAACUGAAAGAAAUUUCCAUCAUUAGAAUUUGGCUGACAAGGGAAAGACAGAUGGAGGCAUAAAGGUCACUACCACCACACUUUGUACAAAAAGACCUAGUUUAAGUUCCAAAUCUCUCUAAGAUGUAUCAUUAAUGUUGUCAUUGUAUGAGGACUUUAGCUGAGGCAGUAGUUCUUUUAUGUGAGAGGAACAGGUUAUGUGAUGCUAGCAGUUCCCUUUUAUAGCUGUCCUGCCAUCAUCGACAACAACAACAACACAAAAGUGCAACAUUACAGCCUACACGACUCAUCACAUAUACCAAAAAUACAUGUCUGACCCCAUAAUGAAGCAAACAGCUUGCACCAUGUAAUGAACCACACAGAAAGUAAGGUACUUUCCAUGUUUUAAAGUUGCAUUGUUGCAACAUGUUUUAUGAUCUUGCAGGAAUCAUCAAAAAAGCAAUAGACGUUUCUGAGUGAGGUAAUAUUACUUGCAAUAAUACCACUUAUAUAUCAAAACAAUGAGUCAGUUAAUGGACACUAUUUCCAUAGUGUAGAUGGUGAAACACUAUGGAUGAGGUUUAUAAGAUCUGCUUGUAUUAGGGAAGAAUGCGUAAAGCAGCUCUGAAUUGUUAUAAAAGUCUCGUUCAAGCAGAAAUUAGAGCAAUUCCCAUACAUGUUAGUUGCCAGAUAUAGCAAAUUCUGCAAUGUGAUUUUAUUUUUGAGCUUAACAAUACUGUCUAAAAAUACAUGGAAUGGGACAAUAUAUUGAUCAUUAAACAACUGAUGUAAUGAGUUUAUCCAUAAUACAUACGCAGUCCUACUCAGUGACAGUGUACUGGUUGUUGCAAGUAUAUAAUUGUUAAUUUAUGCUAGUGGUGAAUGUAUGAAGACUGAUACAAUGUUAAAUAUGAAAUUUUCUAAAAAUAAAAUGGUGUUGUUGCACUAAAUUGUAAUUUCAUUUAAACUGCUGUAAUCUAAUUAUUUACUGCAAUGUGUACUAAAGUGCAAAAUGUUUGUAUGUUUUUAAUUAAAUUUUCUAAAAAUAAAAUGGUGUUGUUGCACUAAAUUGUAAUUUCAUAUAAACUGCUGUAAUCUAAUGAUUUACUGCAAUGUGUACUAUAGUGCAAAAUGUUUAUAUGUUUUUAAUUAGACUGUUUUAACAGUUUUCUGUAUAUUUUAUGUUUUUUAAGUGUAUUAAAUGUAGCAGAUCAGUGAAUAAAACAGAAUUCUCACA